GAUAAUGAAGUCCCAAGUACUGCCUACAAAUCCCAGUUGUCAGGUGCAUCACUUGGAGAGAAGAAGAUAACAUUUGAGAAGAAAUCCUCGUGUGGCUACUUUCAUGAAAAGCUGUUAGAAAGCUACCCAAAACUAAAGGAAGGAGGGGGUUACGAGCUGAUGCGUACAAAGUUCAGAUCAACCAGCAAAUUGGAAAUUUUGCAACCUAAAGGGAAUGGUGGGCAUAAUGUGUUAGACCUUAAAGAAAUGGUGUCAUCAGCUAAAAUCUAUGUUCGACCCCUUCAAAAAGAUUUAAGUCUUGAGCAAACAGGACAGCCAUCAUUGGUGAGUUCUCUACUCAUUAUGACCAGUUUUCUUCUUUACCACAAUAUUCUGACCAAUGUACUUCUUUUGAUACAUUGACAUUAAGCUUGGCAGUGAGGGUUAGAGUGUGUUUAUGUCUUCUACUUUUACUAAAUGCCUUUCUACCAAGAUGGAUGUUACUGUUAAUUUGUUUACUUUUUUGUUAUUGUUUAUUACUGUUUUGAAAGGUCUUGAGCACAUCUUGUUAUAGUGGAAGAGCUUACAUGUAUGUGUCACUCUGCCAUUUAGCUGCCUCCUCAGGCUUGCUCUGGGCUUGUCCCCAGUUUUCCCUGAAAAGCACUUUUUUUUCAAUUUUUCACCAGAGCGAGUGUGAGUUACUUGUGACAAGGCAUUUGGAACUAAAGUUGAAUUGUUGUUUAUUAGUAAACAGAACAGGCUAAGAUACACUAUGGUCAUCUGUGUUUGUAUUAGUCUUUUGACACUGGCCCAUUGGAGAUGUGUGUGAAGUGUGGAAUCAAGAUUCAGCUUUCAAGAAUGAGGCAGCACAUGCAAGAUUGUGGUGGUGGAUCAAGUUCAAGUGCAAGUACAAGUAGUGAAAAUGACCCUGACAUGUUGGAUUUUAGUGGAUCAAGUAAAGUAACCACUGUUGUGAAUGAUGACUCAAGUGAUGAGGAUAAAGACCCUGUGCCCAUCAAGACAGGUACAUAAAAAGAACAGUGAAAUGCUACAUAAAAGACAAGACCUGUGACACUAAAACCUACAACACUGGCUACAUUAUAAAAAGCAAACUGAGAAAAUAAAGUGUGGAGUGCAGUGUGGCUAGUUUUGCACAACUCUUCUUACUAGGGAAUUGUGUGCAUUGGUGUUUGAUGGUGAGCUGAAAUUUCUGACAAGACAUGACCUGUAAAUCUCUUCUAAUAAAGUGUAAAUUAUACACAGCUAGGUCUGUCCCUCCCCUGGAACAGAAAACCAUCAGUGUGAUGACUAUGGUGCAGUGGGCUAACAAUUAUUUGUAGAAAUUGUCUCUUUUUCUUUUCAAUGUUUUCUUAUGCAUAAAAUUUGAUUUCUCUCACUGCACAAAUAUAAAAAUGUUUUACAUGUUGAUCCUGGGGAUGAAAACGAAAAGGUGCAAUGCAAAUGUUGCUUGGUUGUAAUCAUGCUUUAAAUAUCUUACAUUUUAAGGAUGGCAGGAAAAGAGUGCAAUCAGUCCCACUGCCCUUGCAGAUUUACAAGGAAUGUUUCCUGUUAAAUCAAGCUCUGACCUGCAGUCAGCUCUGGACAUUGGUGGUAGUCUUGAAGAAGCAAUAGAUCUACUUUUGGAAUCGGGUCAGUAUUAGGAACCCACAACACCUUAUUUUGUUGUGAAUGUUUAUAAAAAUGUUUUUCCUUGAAGAGGAUGAAAUUUUAGUUGAAUUUCUUAUAAGCAGUCAAAAGCUUGCAACAUUUCAUCUCCUUUGUUUGUAAAAUAAUGGAGCUGUCAAAUUGAGGCCUAGUAGCAUUCAAACUUCACUGAAUGUUUUUUUCCUGACAUGCAGCUUCUUAAGUUGUUGCAUAACAUGCAACAUAAAUAUUUCUCCUAGAUUUAUAAUGGGUCUACUUGAUUGUACAGGUAUGCAAUCAAAAUUAUAUUUUACUGUUUGGGUCAUUAAUAUUUUGUCAUAUGAUUAAUUGUAAGGUUCAAAUGCUGGUGACAGGGAUAGUAGCUCUACUGAAACUGGUAAGCCCAAACUUCAGGUACCUUCAACCUUGAGAGAUUAUUAGAAUGAUAGACGACAUGCUUGGGUAAUAGACUCGUAAUAUCACUGUUUUCUUUUCUUCCAAGUCAAUAUAGUCAAUAGUAUUCACAUUUAUGUCAAUCAGAGAAGUUCCCUAAAAAAACACAACAACAAUGACCAAAAAUCAAGGAGGAUAAUUUAUUGGAAAAAGGGCAUUCAUUGGAAGGAUUGCCCAAAACGGAAUCAUUGCAGUGUGCAAUGUUGAUUCAAUAUACUAUUGACAGUUAUUGUACAAUUUGUCUCUUUCGUAGGCAAGCCAUCCAUUACCACACAUGCACCCACAGCUGCGGAAAUUAUGCAGUCCUACAGAUGCCAGACAGAGCAAGGCACAGCAUAUAUUGAUGUUAACAGAAUGCGGUUGUCUAUGCUCCGCCAGAUAAUGACAAUUUACAAGAACCCUCAAUUUAACUUAAAGAAACGUGUGAAUGUAAACUUCCACGGAGAGCAAGGUGCUGACUUGGGAGGCCCAACUAAAGAAUUCUUUCACAGUGCCAUUAGUUCCUUGAGUAAAGUUGAUCCUGUAUUCAAUAUGCAGUUGUUUGGUGGUCAAGAGGGACGUCUAAUCCCCUUUUAUGGAGUAGAUGCUGUUUGUUCAGGGUGUUUUCAAGUAGCAGGGAAACUUGUGGCACAUAGUUUGAAGCAUGAUGGCCCAGGAUUGGUAGGCCUAUCUCCUGCUGUAGUUAAAUACCUUGACACUGGUUCCUUGGAGGAGGCUGCGACCCUUGUUACAAUGGAUGAUCUAACCGAUCUUGAGCUCAAGGGACUCUUGGAAGAAAAGGUUAGAUAGGCUACAAUAAAAGUUUUAUUGUUACAAUGCUUAAACUUAUGAAUCUUACUGUAACACUUGCCAUGUAUCAAGCAGCUUACAAAAUGCAGAUCAAUAUCAGUUUCUGGGCAACUGUGCACCUACCCCUCCCCUAACCCAACAGCAACACGAACUUAUUAACUUAUUAUAACAUGUUCUCACAAAACUUUCAAAUUUCCAUUGCCUCAGUUUCUAGAGACGUAUCCAUCACUUUCUCCUUUCUACUACCCGCCUAUUACAAUAUUAAAAUUGGAAAACAUAGUGAUUCCACCCAAUUUUCUUUAAGACUGCCAAUUAUUACAUACUGUACCUAUUUCAAAACAUAUUAAGCCAAUACUGUGUACUUGUGUUGUUACUAAACAGAAUAAACAUUGCUUCACCAUGUCCUUUAGGUUUUAAAAGAACAGGCUAUUCAUCAGGUAGAUGAUGAAGCAAAAGAUAAGGUUGAGGAGUUGCUGGUCCGACAUGGACUAACAGAUGCAGUACCACUGAGUGAUGUUAACAAAGAGAAGGCUAUCAAGGAUCUCCUUGUUGCUGAAGUGUUGGUUACGAGAACAAUUGCCCUUGACUCAUUCUUCCGAGGUCUUAACACACUUGGACUGGGUGAUUUGCUUCGCAAGCAUCCCUCCAUAACUAAAUUUGUAUUUCCCUCAAUGGAAGAAGCUUCAGUUGACAUGGACAUACUGAAAAGCAAGUUACUUCAAGCACAUCCCAUCCAUGAAAUUGUUGGUGAAGCUCAAGCACAGGCUUGGGAAUGGUUUCUUGAGUAUGUCGACAACACUAGCUCAAAUGUAGGUGAGUAAUGUGCUUGCACUGUACUAUUCCCAUCUGAGGGUAAAAUCAUUCAGUUCUUUUGUUACAUUUGGAGUUAUGGUUUUGAGACUGAAUUCUAAUCACAAAUGCAGACAGCUGCUAGAUGCUAGAAUGUGAACAUGUGGAAUGUCAAAAUAAGUUUUUAGAAACAUGGACAAGUAUAUCAAGUGACAUGAUUCCCAUGGAAGCAGUGAAACCUCACCAUGUCUGCCUUUACACAUGUACUUGCCAUAUACAUGUAAAUAAGUAGUUUGCCUAAAAAAGUCCCUGGCAGUGUUUUGAACAGCUAUAUGGCAUUUCUAAAUAGAAAAACGAAAUAGAAAUGGUCCUCUAGUAAUGCCAUUGACAUUAAGUGAAAAGAGUCAUUUGUACGUAGCAAUAUUGAUUGAAGUCAAUAUCCACCAUAUCCCAAAGUAAAAGGUUGGAGAGACAUGGCAACAAUUCAAUAUUAAUUUUCUUAUGCACUUUGUUUUGGGGGUUAACCUUGCAGAUGAAAACACGGGAUACCCACUAAGUAACUCACUGGUGAUGUUCAUUACUGGCAGAACAGUUCUUGACCCACAAGAGGAUUUGGAAGUUGCAUUUCAGACUGAUAACAGAAGGACACUUCUUGAGGCAGACAGUUGUUUUCGUAAAGUGAUACUACCAAUCUCACAUAGUUGCUAUGAGGAGUUCAAGGCAGCAUGCAAUCUUUCGUUACUAUCAGGAGCUGUAGGAUAUGGUAGAUUCUGA